AUGUCUUUGCGUCUCAGGACGUCACCUUCGACAAGUCGGGGUGCUGAGCCUGAGCGUGAGGAGCCUGGGGGUGCUGAGUCUGGAGGUGCGGAGCCUGGGGGUGCUGAGCCUGCGCGUGAGGAGCCUGGGGGCACUGGGUCUGGGGGUGCUGAGCCUGGGGGUACUGCGCCUGAGGGUACUGAGGCUGCUGGUGAGCGGUCUCCUUGGAGUGGCCGCCUACGUAGUCACACUCGUCGGCGUGAGCCUCUCUCCCCACAGCAGCUCUACAAGUGGUACGUUAGCCGUCAGGGUCGCGCUGCUGGAGCUCGGGGCUCUGCCACUGGUGGGGCUUCUGCUAACGUCCCUGGACCUGGGAGUGGUGCUGGUUCUUUGUCUGCUGGAGGUGCUGGCGUUGCUAGUCCCGGAGGUGCUCGUACUGGACGUACUGGAGCUGCUAGGGUGGAGGUGCUGGGUCUGGGGGUGCUGCUGCUGGAGACACUGAGGCUGGAGACCCUGGGACUGGAGGUGCCGGUUCUGGGGGUGCUGCAGCUGGUGGCGCUGGUACGGGAGGUGCUAGCGCUGGAGGUUCUGGAGCUGCUGGUGGCGCUGGUACUGGAGGUGCUGGCGCUGGAGGUUCUAGAGCUGCUGGGGGUACUAGAGCUGCUGGAGGUACUGGAGCUGCUGGUGCUGGUGGCACUGUCAGAAUGA